GUGGGCGGUAAACAAAGAAAAAAAACCUGCUGACUGCUCAGGACGUAAAUAGUCAAUAAAGUCAAUAGUUACUUUUACUUGGUAAGACCACCACGAUAACCUACAUUUGACUGGGGAGAUAAGCAUGUGUUAUCAUACUUAACAAACACAACAAUUGUUACUCUGGUUUGAGAGAUAAGCCGGACAAGAAAUGAGCAAGAUUUGAGAUCAUACGAGGAGGAGGACACACGAUUUUAGUUUCAGAUUCGUCCAAUUACUAAUUAAAUUAAUUAGUAUCAAGUAAGUGAACUUGGUUAAUCUCUUCGAAACAAUUGAGCUGCAGUAUAUGUGCUCUACUUCACACUUAGAGAAAAUAAAAUUCGCAAAGAUUUCACCACGUGCUGUUCUUUUAGCUAAUGUGACCUCAGAAGUUAUCUUCACUACAUGCACCUCGACGAUCUCCUCCGUCCUCAAGGUUUCGCCAUGUCGCAAUCCUACCCCGAAUUCGUUCCGGUCCACUACGAAAAUACGGAAGAACCCCGGAACGUAUUUUCCGCACUCCCACGAGAAUUUCAAGUCAUGCAAGAAAGUCGCGUUCCACUUCUGCAGGUUGAACCAGAAGUCUGCCAAGGUCAAGAACGAGAUGAAUUGGACCCAACUUUUCUGGAUUUCAUAAUUUUGGCUGAAUUUUCUGAACUGGAGGGCCCCAUCCCCCUCGCCACGAUACCGGAAUGUGCAAACUCUUCGUUGUGCCUCAAUGACUUUACGGUUCAUUUAAUGUCGACGGAUUAUCAGGUCAACUCUGUAGGUCAGUUCAAGAUAAGUGAGGACACGCAAGUUCUGAGGAAAAAUGUUUUCAAAAACGUCCACGUCUUCAUGCAAUACUUUACCUUAUAUGAUAUCAAGGCGCGCGGCUUCGUGAGACCGUUCUGUUUCGGAUAUGUAUCGAAAGAUCAUGUCAAACUGGAUCAUAACUUGGACAUGUUGAUUAGCGAGUUUGAGAAGAUGACGAAAGUGCUCAAACAGGCCAAUCGAACAUGGUUUGGAGGAGAAUUGGCCCAAUAUUUAGACAAAUUAAGAGCAGCCAAAGACGCUUUUAUCCAGAGGAGGACCGCUAAAUGCCAACCUCCAGCUGACGAUAUGUUCACCUUUGAUCCAAAUGUGAUAAACGAUUCUUCUGAAGACGAAGAUGACCCCGACGCUAUCACGCUGGACCAGAUUGCUCAUCAAUAUAUGGAAAUUGAAGCUAUUUUAGAAACUGUGAAAUCAUUCGAAAAUCCCUUCCUAAUCUCACAACUUGACAAACUCUCUUCAUUUCUCGACGUUCACCUCCCCUCGCACCCAGCGUUCGUUAACCUCCUUUCAAAGCUUGACAUUUCCGUCGCACCAAAUUCCGUUCAGCGAUCUAUUUCAGCAAUCAACGUCCCGCUCGUCCACCCCCUCAAAGCGAAGGGCGAAUCACUCCGACCUCUCACCACGUUAGGGCAAGUUGGGAUAGUUCACCUCCUCUGGAAGUUGGUCGUUUUACACUCUACACAUCGCAAAGAUUUAAUUUUCGGGAUUAUACGAGAACUCGGGGAUGAGUUUGAGAAGCAUUGCAGUCAUCUUAGAGAAGAAAGGAGGCGCAAAAAGGGUCUCAAUAAUUCGUCAUCGUCAUCGUCCAACGGAGAUUCACCCAAGAAAGGGAUCGAAGCUAGGGAGGAAGAUGGCAACGAGCCGGAAGUGAAAUUGAAAGCGGAGGAGGAACGUUUAACGAUUUUUACUACGAGCGAGGAAGAAUCUCUUCAAAAUUUUUUGCAGAAUGGAGAAGUUGUCCUGAUUUUAGAAAAGAUUCAUGUCACGUGUCCACCCCCACCUUCGUCGAGUACGCCAGAUAAUAAAUCCGGCUCAUAUCACACUGUCGCGUCGGAGCUGUAUUCAGAUGCUGUACAGGGAGAAGAGGGCGCUGCCGAUAACCCCACUCCUUUACAAGAAACGGAACUGAAACAGAGUAUUUCCUCAUACGGGUCACAUUCCUCCUCAUCCGAACGAGAGACGGGCUCAACCAUAACCGUUCUGGCAGCAGUGCCAGGUCCCUCGAGCCCAACACCAGAUCCCAUAACCGAGGAGACAAUCACGCGAAAGCCCUGGUUCGAAUAUGUGGAAGCAAGUUUGACGCGCGGGUCGCCCGGUCACGGAAUCCUUAAAUUCUUUCGACAUUACCCUAAAGUUGCUCACCAUGUUUACUAUUCAGUUUUGAUCGGACGACCGAUUGUGAUAUGUGGAGGUGAAGACCAACGAUCCAAAGUGUCCCGAAUUAUCACUGCGCUGACGCCAUUCGUGCCUCCACAGGAGAAAAUUCACUCCUCUCGCCAUCAGAAUACUUCGUCCCCCUCCACCUGGAAAUUGCUUCGCUGGCACCGUGGCGUCCUCGUCUCAUCGCAUCUCUCUAGCUUUAAAUUAAUCGGUCUCUGCAUUCCGGAACGUCUAUCGGUUCACGACCUGAUCGCAGCAAGAGACCAAAACGGAGUCACAAUUUUGAACAUGGCUGUUAAGGGGAGUCCUAUCGUCCUUCUUGGUCCCGCGUACUCGGGCCGGUUUCUUGCCGCGUUCGAACCGGAUGUGCAAAUUCAGAGAAAUUUCCAUAACUCGGAUCUCGCCUUUUUGACUUAUUUGGGCAGCAUCCUAACCGAAAUCCAGGGCAAAGUGUAUCUCCUCAAAUCGUUGGAGGAACGAGAUGGCAAAAAGAAGCGACAAACGUGGAAAGAAUUAAAUUUGAAAGCAAGCGAUAGUGAAAUUGUGAAACAUUGGGGUACAUUAGUGUCAAGUGCAGAUCAAGUUUUGCAGAUUUUUUGAAAUUGGAUACCUUUUUUAUUGAAAUUUUUGAGAAGCGGAUACGAAAUUUAGAAUUAAGCUGGAUAAAUUUUAGACUGCAAAGUGACUGAAAAAAUUAACACUUGUUUUUUUUUACCGACAAGGACUCCACAUCGUUUUAUUUAAUUUUCUAUUUUUUCCUCAGACUGAUGGGUGCUCAAAAUUGCUUAAAACAUGUACCAAUAAUACUUAAUUAUUGUAGUCUAGUAACUUAAUUAUUCAACCAUCGACUGUUAUAUGUAAGUAUGUGUCUGCAACAAACGGAUAGCAAGAGCAUAUAUUUUUAUGCAUGUAUAUGCACGCACGUGUGUACUGUUUAAUUAAUUCAUGCUAUUAAUUAAUUAUUUGCUAAAUAUAACAGAUUUUUUUAUCAUAAAGAUGCAAUUUACUUGCAUAAUAUUUAGUGGACAAGACAAAAUAUUUUUGUUUAUCAUCGACCACGUUGAAAGUUGAAGCGUUGGUUUGAUUUUGUGUUUUGUUGAUCCUUGAGAUGAGAUGAAAGUUUUGGGGACGAUUUAUCCUUAAUUAUUUGGGGUCAGAUUUUUAUAAAAUAUACACCUGACAAGUUUUUAUUUGGAUUUUAGAUUUUGAUACAAGGUUCAAUUUGAUGAUAGUUGUUUUUAAUUUAUAAAAUGUAUUUGUAAUCUCUCCUUAUUAUGUAGCAAUUUUGUUGGUGGGAUAAAGUUAACAACCGUUUUGUUACUUGAACAAGUUCAGAGGUCAGGUCAUUCAUAAUUCACAACAAUUGUAGACAACUGUCACAUAUUUGUCAUAAUUUGCCUUAUGAAUUAACUAACGUAAAUUACAUUUUUUAUCAUGUUUAGUUAAAUUUAAUUAAAGAGACGAGAUUGAUUGAGAUGAGAUUGCUUGGACUUUGGUGGGGGUUGUCUUGUGUGAAUCCGGAAGAAGCAGAUUUUUUGGUUAAUUCUUGAUUGAUAUUGGUUAUUUGUAAGUGCGAAUUGCGAAAUUAAAUUAUAACAAUUUGUCAAAUGUGGCUUAACACAUACUAGAAAUUACUUACGUAUGAAUGAAUGAUAAAUAAAUAAUAAAUUGAAAAAAA